AUGGAUAGUAAUCUGAAGGCUAUACCAGGGAGACCAUGUGAACAGACUAGUCCACAUGAUGUCAAAAGGCCGCGAUUUCAUUCACAUUGUUCUGAAACACCUGUAGUUAACCAAGCAGUGCCUUUAGCAGAAGAACAUAGAUAUUCAUUCCCAGGAUCAAUCCAAUCACCACUGCUCCGUGCACAUUACCUACCAGGUUUUACUGGAUAUGUCCUUCCACUGCAAGACCGUAUAGAAACCACGCUCCCUGUGGCCAAAGAUAAGUUAAGUCAGCAGGUUUUGGAGAUUUUUCACGCAUGUCAGCAACAGAUCUGUGAUUUGAACAGAAAAGAGCUCUGCAGAACAGAACUCCAGAGAGAAAUUCAGCAAAUUUUUCCACAAAGCAGGCUCUUUUUGGUUGGGUCCUCACUGAAUGGGUUUGGUACUCGUACCAGUGAUGCUGACUUGUGCCUGGUGGUUAAAGAAGAACCAGUAAAUCAGAAGACCGAAGCAAGGCAUAUACUCAGCUUAGUUCAGACACUCUUCAGUACUAAACUUUCAAGCUACAUUGAGCGACCUCAGCUGAUUCGAGCAAAAGUGCCCAUAGUGAAGUUCAGGGAUAAAGUCAGCUGUGUGGAGUUUGAUUUGAAUGUAAACAAUAUUGUAGGAAUAAGAAAUACAUUCCUUCUGAGAACAUAUGCACAGAUUGAGAAUCGAGUUCGUCCAUUAGCACUUGUUGUUAAGAAGUGGGCAAGUGUUCAUGAGAUAAACGAUGCCAGUCGUGGUACUUUAAACAGCUAUAGUCUUAUGUUGAUGGUUUUGCACUAUUUACAGA